CAAGGGGACCGAGGCCACCAGGACAAAAAAAGCCCCUCGCAGUUUCCCCCAAAGCUACUUCCCCUCAAACACAAACCUGAGCGGCUUGCUUCUUCCUUCCUUUCUUGGUUCUUGCUUGGCUGCUUGUUGCUUCUUCCAGCCCCUCUCCUCCUUCCCCAAGUCUCUCUCUCUCUCUCUCCGUUGCGGUAUACUUCAGCCGAGGAGGGAAGUAAGCAAGAGGAAAGCACAGAGGUUGGCUUGGAUUUCCUCAAGAGAAGUCAUGUUUCAUGGUGGCAGGCCUCUGUCCCUCCGGGGCUCUCUCAAGGCUCUUGAAGCUGAUAUCCACCACGCCAACACCCUGGCGCAUGCUAUACACAGGGCCUAUGGGGGCACCUGUGUGCAGAUGAGGCUCUCCUACAGCUCCAUGGCUCCAAUCAUCCUCAACCUUAUCCAGUGGAUGGACUGCAGCUGCUCCCUCUCAUACACCCUCCCCAGCUACCUAGGCCUUCUUGAGGUGCUUGUAUACAAGGUUUACGUUGACGGGGAUGCGUCCAUAUCCACAAUUGAAAGGCGAGCAAGCCUUAAAGAAUUCUACGCUAUAAUAUACCCGUUCUUGCAACAAAUUGAGGAGAACGUCAUGGAGAAAGAGUGCAAGGGGAAAGGGUGGUGCAAGGGGGACGGCGACAGCGGUGGCCGGAAGCUUUACGCCGAUGACAAGGACGCCGAGAGAGAGGAUGAGUGCGGCAUUUGCUUGGAGACCUGCACUAAGAUGGUCCUUCCCAACUGCAACCACGCCAUGUGCAUCAACUGUUACCGAGACUGGUAUACAAGAUCCAAGUCAUGCCCUUUCUGCCGCGGAAGCCUGAAAAGGGUUCGAUCCACAGAUCUCUGGGUGCUCACCCGUGACGAGGACGUGAUCGACACCGUGGCCCUGGAGAAGGAGAAUGUGAGGCACUUCCACAGCUUCAUCGACAGCCUGCCUUUGAUCGUCCCCGACAACCUCCUGCUGGUCUACUACGACUACCUAGUCUAGCGAAGCUCCGGUUGGAACAGGAGAUAGCGAAUGUACAAGGGUUUUCCGGCUGCCGACCAUCCUCCUUGGAUUGAGUCCGGCAAUCGAAGCCGAAGCCGUCUGUCAGUCCGUUGCGAAGCAGCAUUAUUUUUAACACUGGCUUUGCGCAAUCAAUCGCAUCGUUGUGGUAAUAAUAAUUGUACAGAAAAUGAAGUGUACUAAGUCUGGCAUCUAUGCCCUGGGCCCUGGCAAAUUGCCAAGUUAUUCAGAAAUUACUGGUGUGGGUAUUUUACUGCACCAUUGGUCAAUCUCUGUAGACAAAGUGUUCUGAAGCCUCCCAUCAUCAAUAUGUUAAACAACUCUAUAAGAUGAAGAUGAUUACCUGUUA